AUGGCUGCAGCGGCGCGGGCCGCGACGCUGGCGUGCCGGCACGCCGCCUCCAGCCUGCUCGCCGCAGUGGACUGGCGCGCCGACCCCUGCGCGGACUUCUACGGCUUCGCCUGCGGCGCCGCCUCCAACCGCGCCCCGCCGCCGCUCAGCUUCGCCGCCAUCCAGCGCCGAGUCGACGCCCAGAUCCAACAGUUGCUGUCGGAAGCGACGGAGGGCGUGUUCGCGCCGCUGGCGGCCUUCCAACGCAGCUGCGUCUCGUCGCGCGGCAGCUCGGCGCCCGCCCGCCAGAUGCGGGAGCUGCUGGAGUCUCUGGGCGGCUACCUGCCCCCUGGCCAGCCAGAGCCUGCCGACCUGGCGCCGCUGGUGGCCGAGCUGCUGAGGAUCAACAGCGCGCCGCUGUUCGACGUCUUCCUGGAGCGCGCGCCCCACAACCGCUCCGCCUACGCCGUCUUCAUCGACCUGCCCAGGAGGUCGCAGCUGUCUCAAGAUGUACCCGCAGCGCAGCCGGAUGACAGCGGGGGCGGCGACGGCGGUGGAGGGGGCGGCGAGGGCGGCAGUGGGGGCCGGAGAGGGCGGGGGAGGGGACGCCGGAGCGACGGACAGCCCAAGGAGAGCAGCGCAUACCGCUACAUCAAGGACAGCGCGGACGAGCGCCGGCUGUCUCGUCUGGAGCGCGUGCUGCAGCAGCUGGUGCCGGCGGCGCUGCCGGCCGAGCAGCGGGCCAGAGAGCUGCACGCCGCACUGCUGCUCGCCUCGGCGCUCGACAAGCUGUACCCACGUGAGAAGGAACUGGCGAACAGCGCCCUGCAACGAAGCACACCAGUCGCCUGCAACCUGACGCAGCUGCAGACCCGAUACGGAUUCCUGGACUGGAGGUCGCUGCUAGAGGCGGUGUUCUCGGCCAACUUCUCGGACUCUGAGCUGUUCUACGUGGCGGCUCCGGACUACCUGUCCCGUCUGCACAGCACCUUGAUUCGAUUCUCCAAGAGGACGGUGCACAACGCGCUGCUGGGUCUGCUGGGGCGGGACUCUCUGCACCAGCUGGAGGCGGUGGCCGGCGACGCGGCGCGCUGCGCCCGCCUCUGCGUGGCGCUCUUCAGCCAGGAGGUGGCCGCGCUCUACCUGCGCCAGUACCCCAGGCAGCUGCUCGACACCAUCAAGAAUCAGGCGCGCCAACUGCUGGAGCGACUGAAGUCUGCGCUGGAGGCGCGGGUGCGGCUACUGCCCUGGCUGGACGCGACCAGCCGCGAGGCGGCGCUCGCCAAGUUGGCAGCCCUGCGCGCGCACCUGCUGACGAUGCCCGGCCUCUCCAACGACACGUACGUGGCCGCGCUCCUCCACGACGUGGACGUGCGCCAGGACGACCUGUUCGGCAACGUGCUGCGCCGCUACCGCCAGCUGCGGGCCGAACACGCGCGGCGCCUGCGCCAGCCCGCCGACGACGACCGCUGGGCGUAUCCUUUCGUGGUGAACGCUUUCUACGAGAAGACACUCAACAGCAUUGUGGUUCCGCUGGCGCUGCUGGCGCAGCCGUACCUGCGCUCCGACGUUCCCCGCUACGUGCCGCUGGGCGCGCUGGGCACGGCGCUGGCGCACGAGCUGCUGCACGCGCUCGACUCUGCCGGCGUGGAGCGCGGGCCCGGCGGACAGCCGCACGCCUGGCUCACGCCCGCGGCGCGCCUGCGCUUCGAGGCGCGCCUCGACUGCCUCGCCAGGCAGUACCACGCCACCUUCAUGCGCUCCGUGCCCUUCCUGGGCGCCAGCGUGGCAGUCCAGUUCGACUGGAACGUGACACGCGCCGAGAACAUGGCUGACGUGGCGGGCGUGCAGGUGGCGUACGAGGCGUGGCGCUCGCAGCAGGAGGCGGCGCCGGUGGAGGACGCUCGGCUGCCCGACCUGCCGCUGGCGCCGCAGCAGCUCUUCUUCCUGCACGCCGCGCAGAUUUAUUGCACCAUACUCUCUCCUGAAGACUAUAUCAUUCUGGUGGAAAUGGACUUCCACACGCCAAGUCCAGAAAGAGUGAAUGGAAUGAUGAUGAACUCGCCGGACUUCUCAGAAGCAUACAACUGCCCAAUAGGAUCUGCAAUGAAUCCAGUGAAGAAAUGCUCUACAUGGUGAAGAUAGACGUGGAGAAGAUGCUGAUGCUACACCCAUUUCGAUACGAAUGCCAAAAAUUAAUAUUUUUUACUGUAAUUUUUGUUAGCGUGGAAUGCAUUGAUAGACGCUGAAAGUGUAGAUAAAGUUAAGUUUAUUUUAGUAAUGUUUUGCGUUUUCGCAAAGAAGUUGAGAUGCUUUCAGAAUUUCUAAGCACGCUUUUGUGGCAUGACGUUAGUAAACUCCGUAGAAUCAGCCAAUAGUUGGAUUAGAAGCAUACUUAAGUGUUCAAUAUGUAUAUUGUCAGUUGAUAAUUUGAUGUGUUGUAAUAUUGCUCAAGUAUUAUUUUAAGAAGUGAAUAAUGAAACUUUUUUAUAAAAAUGUACCUGUACAUUGUUGGACCGAAAUUUUUUUAAAAUAAUGAUGUUAA